AUGGAUAAGGCGCUGGUCUACGAAACCAGAGAUUCUGGGUUCGAUCCCCAGUGGAGUCGUCUUCGUUCUUUUAAUGCGUUUUCGCUGAGUGGUUUGGUGCUGGUUGAUGUUGAGGAUGACAAACACUUCUUUCACCUCCCGCAUUUGUACAAUGGGGGAGAAUUGGGAGGUCUAGGUCAUGGGAUUGAUAAGAAGGGGCUUAGACAUGGAAGGUUUGGUGGAGGUGAAGGUGAAGGUGGUAAAGGUGGUGGUGGUACUGUAGUUCUAGGUGGAGGUGCAAAAGGUGGAUUAGGUGGUGGUGGUGGAGGUCCAGGUGGCAGAGAUGAACUUGGUGGCAGUGUUGGUGGAGGAGCUGGUGGUGGUGGGGGUCUAGGUGGCAAAGGUGGACUCGGUGGUGGUGGUGGAGCUGGAACAGGUGGUGGGUUUGGUGCUGCUGGUGGAGUAGGUGGAGGCAUUGGUGGAGGAGCUAGUGGUGGUGCUGUUGGAGGCAUUAGGGGUGGUGGGGGGGGGGGGGGGGGUGGGGGGGGCGAAGGAGGUUUAGGUGGCGGUGUUGGUGCAGGUGCAGGUGCCGGAGGAGGCCUUGGUGGAGGUGCUGGAGGUGGAGGUGGAGGUGGAGGUGGAGGUGGCUUUGGCGGUAAUGGAAGUGUUGGUGGUGGACUGGUGGUUUUGGUGCUUGCAAUGGAGCUGGAUUUGGUGGCUGACACUGGAGUUGUGCUUGGACGAGCUUCUUCAAGGACUACAAAUAUUGUUCUUUUGUUUAUGUGCUAA